CCUGUGAGGGCCGCAGAAGAGACGGGCGGUCUUCUGCGGCGAGCGCCGGCCCGCGGAGGGGCUGGAGCCGAGGGAGCGGCUAACCAUGUCUUUAAAUUCACCUACACUUUUAAAUGAAGAAAACUCCCAAGGACCAAAAAGAAAUACUGAAUGUUUGGAAAGUCUAGAAUUGCAGAGUCCAUCAUCAUUUCAAGAUAACCCACUUCACCAAUUACAGUUAGCAUCGCAAGAAGUACUUGAAAAGGCAAAAAAGAGUGGGAGAUCAAAAUGCCCCCGAUGCAGUAGUUCAAGGAUGUUCUAUUGUUAUACGUGCUUUGUUCCUGUUGAAACUGUCCCUACUGAAGAAAUACCGACUGUGAAGUUACCUUUGAAGAUUGACAUUAUUAAACACCCAAAUGAAACAGAUGGCAAAAGCACUGCUGUGCAUGCUAAGCUCCUGGCACCUGAUGAUGUCACAAUUUAUAAAUACCCUUGCAUUCCCGAAUAUGAAGAAAAAAGACACGAAAUAGCACUUAUAUUUCCUGGUCCCAAUUCAGUUUCAGUAAAAGAUAUUGCUUUCCAUCUCCAAAAAUACACUAAGAAAGGUGUUUGUGAUAAUGAUGAUGACUGUUCCAGAGAGCCAUUUCUUAAGCAAGCAAAAAUAGAACUGAAAGAAGAAGAAAAAAAUCUGAACGAAUGCAUCUCAAGCAACAGGAGCAAAGGCACUAGCCUGAAGAAAAUAAUAUUUAUUGACAGUACCUGGAAUCAAACUAACAAAAUAAUAACUGAUGAACGACUUCAAGGGUUGUUGCAAAUUGAGUUGAAGACAAGAAAAACUUGUUUUUGGCGUCAUCAGAAGGGAAAGCCAGAUACGUACCUUUCCACAAUAGAAGCAAUUUAUUAUUUCCUUGUGGACUAUCAUCAGGAGAUUUUGAAAGAGAAUUACAAAGGACAAUAUGAUAAUCUGCUUUUUUUCUUUUCUUUUAUGUACACAUUGAUUAAAAAUGCCAAAUGUUGUGCAGGAAAAGAGUAAGAUGUCUUUCUAUAGGACCGAAGACAAAGUAAUUUGCAGAGACAAGAAACAGGGAAGAUGGUGGUUCCGACCACGACAUUUCUGACAAGACUUCCUUAAAUUAGGCAGACUAUGAAUCUGCUGUGUUUUUUCUUUUGCAGUAAUAGUGCAAAUUCAAACAGCAUAAAUAACACUUUGUCUGCGCUGAUGAAAUUUUUGCUGGUAUGUGUAGCACUGCUGUCAUAGUCAUCACAUGUGAAUGUAAUUACACAAAUGUGACUUUGCCAAGCUAUACCGGUACAGCUAAUGCUGGCAGAGGUAAUAGACCUAAGCUAUAUUUUUACAAGCAGAGUUAUAUGAAUAUAUUUUUCUCAUACUAGAAUGUUCUGCCAGAAAAAUUCAUAUUGGUAAAAAUUGUUUCAUUAGAAGUGUGAUGUAAGAUGGAUAAAUGUUUCUGAAUAUUCUCAGAAGUGUUACUUAAAAAAAUAAAUCUUGUCAGUGACACAGAUUGAAAAGAUUAUUUUUUAAACAAAAAUUCUGAAGUUUGUUGUAUAUUUUCCUCAAAAAAAAUCUACCUAAAUUAUCACCUGUAGCAUACUCUCCAGGAGGGUACACUCAUAGCCUGGUGAAGAUAGAAACAGUGCUGUGAAAAAUACUUCAAGAAAGUCUUUUUAUGCAUACACAGCAAUCCACACAGGCUCAAACAACUGAUUUAUACUAUGUUUUUUAAUGCUUCAAGAUAUUGAAAUCAAAGUUAAUAUUGCUUAAAACACAAGAUACAAAUACACUCUCUCUGCAAGUCAUACUUAUCUUCAGAUUUGUAUGCUUAUCUGCACAAGUGAAUGCAUGUAAAAAUGCAUUUCAGUGGACAACCGAAACAUUUCCAUUUGCAGAAAGAAAUGCUAGUUAAGUUACAUGAGUGCACAUGAAGCGUGCAUGAACUAUAACAGCACCACAAGAAACACAGGCUUGAAGUCAGAAUGAGAAAGAUAGUUUUAAAUAUACAUAUAUAUUGACUUCAUGUGCCAGGCAAUGAGAAAAAUCAGCAGUCAUGUCUCGGUGCUAUUGAAACAACACGUUUCUUACUCAUUUGGUUCUUAUUGCUAUUGAGAGGUUAUUUUGGCUUUUUACAAUGAUUAAUGCUAUUUCCUUUGGUAUGAAUUUUGAUAGUCUUUUGACAUUUCCAUCUGUUGUUGUAUUUCUUAAACAAUGAUUGUUGUAAUAUUUUUUAAAAAUCACACAAGUAUAAUAGCUUGAGAAGGAAACUUUCACCCACUUUAAACAAACAAAAAUAAAAUGAACCCACUGACCUAAUGUUUUACAAGAACCAGAGAGAAAAAUCGGGGCGGGGGGAGGGGGAGUUACUUCCAAGACACAUUUCCCUGAAAACAUGUUUUUUUAUUUAAGAAGCAGAGGUCAGAUAAAAGCUUAUAUAAGCUGUUCUUUGUUACUUUUGGAAAAUAGUUUCAUAAGGUUAAAAAUGGUUUCCAAAUUUAAGUUUUGUGUACCUCACUUUAUUUGAACAAUGGGAAUUAAGAAUCUAUUCCAAAAGUAAAUUCAUUUUAAUUCUCAGGUGAAAUCAAUGUACAGAAAAGAUUUUAAAUCUGGAACACUGUGUCCAGGCAUUGGGUUCAGAUUCUUUUUCUUCCACUGCAACCUCAGUGUAAUGCAAGAGUCAUUCUUACACCAAGUGACAGAGGAACAUCUAAUAUCUGUAAUUAAUUACGGUCUGUUGAUAUUCCCAUGAUAACCUUUUAUGAGGGCAGGAAGGAGGUUAUUGUCACUUCUGCUGCAAAUCUGUUCUGAGCAGCAGAUGUAGUUUCCCCUUCUCUCCCAUCUCCUGCUCUCCCCUCUGUAAAAACAUUUAAAUCCUCUAUUUAAUUUCAGUACUGGUAUAAGCCGCCAAACCAACCGAAGUUAUCUACCUCAUACUGAAAAUGUCUCAAUACCACUGAUACAUUUUUCCAGCUUUGAGACUAAAGAAUAAUUUUCUUCCACCAAAUGAAAGCAAUCAAGUGGUUAAUCCUUUUUUCAAGUGCAGUUAGCAGCACUGACCUCCCUGUUCUUUAAAAUGAGGGUCAUGGGGAGGUAAAGACCAGUUCUGGGCCUUUUCUUUCAUAUCAGAAUGCUCCUUCACUAACUAUCUCUUCUGUUUCCAAAGACAUCAGAGAGCAAGGGGAAAAACAGGCUUCCACUUCCAUUAGCAGUAACUUAAACAGCCAUAAGUUAAAGGGGGAGGAAAAGGAAGAGCAUCUCUAUCUAUCUCCUUUCACAACAGAAGACAUCUGGCCUCCUUUGGGGAGGCCCCAGAUAACAAAGAACCUGUCAUUACAAACCUCCCCGAUGUGUUCAGAGAACCAUUUUACCUGCAGUCUGGCUCAUUCAUUUCCUGCCACUGAAGCCAUCUGCUUUUGCUUAUUGUAGGUAUUUUUGUUCUUUCUUUGGCCAGGAGCGUGAAGUGGCUUCACUUUAGCAUGCCUGUAUGCUUGGUCAGAGGGAGUAUUUAAUCCUUUUCUCAAAAUGAAUAAGAGAGGGAGCUACAAAAAACAAUUCCUUUCCUGGAAGGUAGCACAAAUGUCAUCCAAGCCUAGGUUGAAUAAAGGGUCAUGUCAGUGCAUGGGGUAAAGAUAAGUUGAGAUUGAAAAGAGAUGGUAACUUGGAAUCUACAGGAGAACCUUCCCAAGCACUUGUAAUCUCACCUGAUUUAAAUCCUUUGCUACUGCUUCUUGCAAUUUUUUUUCCAGUUUGAGUCCAUCUGGUUUUCCACAUAGGCUUCUUCAGGCCCAAGUGCAGAGUAAUGUAGUGAUCUGGCUCUUGCUUUUCUCUUGCACUGAGUUUCAGUAUUUUGCCUGAAUGCUUUAAAAAUCAGUCUAUUUUCAUAAAUUAUGAUCAGACUUUUAUAAAUUGUAACAUGAUAUGAAAAUCCAUUCCACCUAUCCGUAUCUUUGAAAAUACUAAAAUAAGGAGGGGGAAAAACUUCCUGGUAAUUUCCCAUCAUUUACUGUAAUGCCAUUAAUAUACUCCCAGGUGCCAUUAACUCAUGUCUCAAAGUAUUCCAAAAAGCUGUGCAUCAGCUGAAUUCAAUAGUUUUGCAACACAAAACUUAAUGGUGACUGCAGCAAUGUUAAAACAGGGAAGCUUUCCCACUAAGAUAAAAUAAUCGUGUGGCAGUAAGAUGCUGAUCUAUUGAUACCAGAAUAUGAGGUCACCCAUUAUGGUACUGAACAACUCAACAUAAUUCCUGAACUUUUGUCCCUUGUCUUGAGACAUCAUUUCAGUGAAAUGUGUUGAUUUUGACUGGUGGUUAGUAAUACCAACAUUCAAAGUAAGAGUUUAUAUGAAAAAUUUAGAACAUUCUUCCUGUUCACUUGUUGGGAAAGAACACAUUGCUACCAUUUUAGGGAUUCUGAAGAGAAACAGGAUUCUGUAGAAUUUUGAAAGUAGCGUAUCACAUUAAAUUUUAAAAACACUCGUAGUGGUGUGGUUUCUACACCACUACCUGCCACAGAAAAAUCAAUUUUUUCUUGAGUCCCACAGCAAGAGGUGGGAACUACUUCUCUAAUGUAAAACAGACUUUGUAUUUUCACCUCACUGAAAACAGAAAUUUUUGUCUAAUUUCAGCAAUGCUGGUGCUGUUAUCACAUUCAAAUCAGUUAUGAUUUUGCUGCUGACUUUUCAGACCACUGGUGUUGCAAUAGGAUGUUUAGAAACAUACCACAGAAGAGUGAACAGAAGAGAAUGCUCCACACCAGGAUACCCAAGAUUGAGUCCUACUCAACCUGUGAUCCUGUGCAUUUCACUUUCCUUACCUGUAAAGUUAAUUUCUGCCUCUGAAUAACACAUCUCUACAUAUGAAGCUGGGCCCAUAAGCCAGUUAACUCAGCAUGAAAUCUAAAGGCUGAGUAUUAUUACUUUAAAGGUUCUGAUGGUAAAAUUUUCCAACAACAGGGAUAGAAGACCUAUACAGAAGUAUGUGUAAAUAUAUAUACUUCCCUCCUAGCGAUAAAUGUAUUAGGACAAGCCAAAGAUUUUCCUCUAUGCUGUUUCUGUCUUAGGGAACGUAAAGACAAAGAAAAUCAAAGUGUGGUAUCGGAGUUUACAAAACUGAAGAAUAAAUUGUUAUAUGUACAGAGCAAAUGUAUAUUUUAAUUAGAUACAGACAUAUAGCUGAGCCUGUGAAUGUACACAGAUGAGUAGUUUGACUAGGAAGUCAUUUAAGUUUGGGUACACUAUCCGGCAUAGGGCUGUAUUAUCCCUCCAAACAGUACACUGGAAAAACAAAUAAUAUUUCAUACCUUUUCAGCAUUCUGAAUAUCACUGCUAAUGAGUCUAGUGUCAUUCCCUACCCUUGUCUCAAAGUAUCACAUUUUCUUUGCAUCUCUAAUCAACAAUGAAGUAUUAUGAUUUGUGUAAAAAAAAAAAAAAGUUAAGCACAUCCAUCCAGGCUUAACAGGGCAUGCCAAGAGAGGCCAAAGGGAUAAACAGGUUAUUCCAAAACAAUUAAGAGAGUAAAACUGCAAAGAAAAAUUUAGGGAGUGUUGAACUACACAGAAAUUCUGACUCACCUGCACAGAGGAAAUAUGGAUCAUGCUCCGCCAUUUGUUUAGCAGAGAAGAGGAGAAAGGAGCAAGAGCGCACCCACCCUGGUAACUAAGGAAAAUGCAUUUGCCUCAAGUAAUUGCAUGCAUGAACACCUGCAGUGAACAUGCACAUGUAACGACCCUUGAUGGAAAAUUCAUAUUAUAUAUAAUGCAACAUGAUUUUUUUUUUUCUGUCUUUUGAUUACUCACUGGAGAAUAAAAUAAACCAGAAUUAGUGUUUCUCUGAUGUUUUUUAUUAAUAAUAUACAAUUAAUUUACAAAUUCCUUGGUUUAUGCUAGUAUUUACUCUAUUGCAAUGUAAUUUUAUUACCAGAAAAAAGCAUGUAAACCUAUUAAUGUAACUAAAUUUUGUAAUGUAACUUCUGUCCUACCAAACUGAGAUAAGACCUGGCCUUUACUCUGAGAAUAUAUUUUGUGCAUAUGAUCUGGAAUAACACAUAACUUUAGUAAAACAA